CUUCUAUUAUAACAUCAUACCUCGACCCCCCCCGCCCCCGCCUCGGCCGGGAUAGUUGGUGCGGUCCAAAAGUGCCGCCGAUGGAGUCCGCUCUCGCUGAGCACACGAGGGGAGACUGACAGGUUAGGCGAUGGCUGAUGGUGGCAGCAGCCUGAAGAAUCCCUCCAGAAGGAGGCUGCGGAUCUCACCACAACAGGAUGCAGAAAAGCACAUAAGACUUAAAACUGACAAGGAGGGUCUUAGAGAGGUGUUUGUGAACUCUUUUAAAGGACGAGGUGUUUUCGCUUCCAUACCUUUCAGCAAAGGAGAUUUUGUUGUAGAGUACAGGGGGAAACUUUUUACUCCAGACAGUCGUCCUGUUGCCGAGACCUACAGUGAACGUGCUGCAGCAUAUCUCUUUGAUUUUCAAUGGAAAGGGAAAUCUUGGUGCCUUGAUGCAUCUCUGGAGGACCAGUCACUUGGAAGACUGGUCAAUGAUGAGCACAAAAACCCAAACUGCAAAAUGCGAACAGUUCAACUGGACGGGAUGCCACACCUCUGUCUCUUUGCAGUUCAAGACAUUGUCCCAGGAGAUGAAGUCACAUACGAUUAUGGGCAUUGUGAUUGGCCUUGGCGCAAACAGCACAUUUCCACUUCUCCUGUGGCCACAUCAGUGGAUGAGGAUCCAAACAGCAGCCAUCAGGUGCCGGGUCCUGAGGAACAUGUGGAGCCACUGUCCUCUGAUAUAAAUAAGCACAUUUCCACUUCUCCUGUGGCCACAUCAGUGGAUGAGGAUCCAAACAGCAGCCAUCAGGUGCCGGGUCCUGAGGAACAUGUGGAGCCACUGUCCUCUGAUAUAAAUAAGCACAUUUCCACUUCUCCUGUGGCCACAUCAGUGGAUGAGGAUCCAAACAGCAGCCAUCAGGUGCCGGGUCCUGAGGAACAUGUGGAGCCACUGUCCUCUGAUAUAAAUAAGCUGUGUGAGUCCACAUUGUAG